AUGUGGUUCGAGAUUCUGCCCGGAGUCGCCAUCAUGGCCGUGUGCUUGAGCAUCCCUGGAAUGGCCACUGCAUACAUUCACAAGUUCAGUAAUGGCCGCAAGGAAAAAAGGAUUGCUCAUUUGCGUUAUCAUUGGAGUUUGCUGGAAAGAGAUAGACGCAUCUCUGGAGUUAAUAGUUACUAUGUGGCAAAGGGUUUGGAGAACAUUGAUUAAAGAAGCAUUUUCCUGAAUGAUGGAAAAAAAAAAAGAAAUGCAAUUACAAUCAUCUACCCCUGUUAGAAGGCUGUGUAAUGUAUUAUGUAACAUGCAAUGUGUUAUAUAGUGCUUAAUAAACAUAAA